AUGGCAAAAGAAAUGAACGGAGACGAAGCAACAGAAAACGAAGAUCAAUUUUGGGAAUCAUAUGUUCGAAAGUAUACUAUUACAAUCUGUCAUCCGAUUGGUACCUGUAAAAUGGGAAAAGAAGAAGAUCCUAUGGCAGUUGUAACGCCUGAUACACGAGUAAAAGGCGUAAAAGAUCUACGUGUGGUUGAUGCAAGUAUUAUACCAAACACUAUUUCGGGCAGUACAAAUAUUCCAACAGUUGCAAUAGCCGAGAGAGCAGCAGAUUUAAUUAAGAACAAUGAUUAA